AUGUCCUCCAUCAAGACCACCACACACGACACCUCCUCGGCAGGUUUCCACAUGGCCGACUUCUCGUCCUUCUUAUCACAGCUCACAGACGCCGUAUCUGCGGCAUGGCCGGACCGGUUCGCGACGCGUUACAGGAAGGUCAAAGUCCUGCUCAUGAGCUGGGAUAAAGACGAUCUUGGCCUUGAGACAGAAGUCAGGAACUUGGAAUCGGUAUUCAGGGGCUUGUACCAUUACGAUACCGAGUACUGGAAAAUUCCAUCAAGACGGUCGGCCGUUGAAGUAUCCCGAAAGGUUGCCGAUUUGGUGGAUGCCCACGGCCAGGAAGGGAACCUCCUCAUUUUGUACUAUGGUGGCCAUGCCCGCCCAAGUGAGCAACCCGGCGGCAGUCCCGUGUGGGCAGCCAAUCGGAGCCGGGAUUCCCCUACUGUACAGUCAUCCAUACUGCACUCGUUCCUCGGGGAGAUCGACUGUGAUGUCCUGCUCUUACAAGACUGUCUCUAUACCCAUGAGAACAGGGACACUUUCAUCGGGAACGGGGUAGUGGAAACUCUGGCAGCAGGCGGCUUCGACUCGACCCAAGCUGACGGGGACCACGAUUCCUUUACCGCCUCCCUUGUUCAGGAGCUCGCGCACGCCGCCCACACCACCGACUGGCUCUCUAUGGUGGAGCUGCAUAGAAGGCUCAUCAACCGACUGCAAAUCUGGACACCAGAGAUCUCCUUUACCGACGACGCCUACUCCAUCGUCCAGGUGGAUCGCCGCACAGGACAACCGAUGUUUGAACGACCACGCCGGCGAACCCCCGUCCACUCCUUCCUGUCAAGGAAGCCUAAGACGAUCGUCCUCACCCCUCUGCCUCCACAAGCUCAAACACAAUCCGAAGAGUCUCUGAUCCAGCUGAACCCGCCGACAACUCAGCCCAACAAUAACAUCCCGGAAGGACCCGGGAUCCUGGUGACUUGCCGGCUCCGCGAUCAGCACAUCGACGCCGAGAAGUGGAGACAAUGGCUGCUCAACGCGCCGGAGGGGGCCAAGAACAUUCAGAUAUCUGCAGUGUUUCCCAGCUUUGGGACAGUGUUGAUGCUCGAGCUACCGCUGGCUGUCUGGGAUCUCCUGCCGUCGUCUCCUGCUAUCUCAUUCAUCGCGUACACCACUGGCGGCAACCACAUCUCCGAGUUCCGGCGUGCUUUGCUGGGGUCGGACGUCGACGAACUCGAGGACACAUUUGCGGAGGAUUCAACCGACGAUGAGACCGAAUCCGAAGCCGGGAGGAGCCUCAGAAAAGCCAGCCGCAAGAGUAAACGAUCUGUCCAAGAUGCCAGAGAGACUUACAUCGCUCCGUCGCUUUGGCCAAGGUCGUUCGAGAACAACCGUACGGGGAACGAUGCGACCGAGAACAUGCCGUACUGCCUGACCUUGGCUGAGAUGCAGGGAGAUGACAAGACCAGCAAAGCCGCGAGGAUCGUUCGGGCCUUUGUGCAAGACGCGGACAGCCCGUCCAUCCGGUACAUGUACGACGAAAUCCGGGACUUCUGCGCCCCGGCGAGUUUUGAAGCACUUUCUAGUGGCCAGGAGGUUGCCCCUGAAGUGGUUGCUAUUCUCGACGAGCCGUCACCAAUCGGUCCACACUCUCAGAUGAAUGGCAUGCAGUUUCUUAGCCAUGGUCAACUCUAUGAAGCUUUAACCGCAAGGGCUGUUCCUCAAUUAAUCGACACCGAGUCGAAGGACGACCUCUUGUCUCCCAAGAAGCGCCUCGUCUACGUCACCAACCUUGACCCUGCCAGCACGCUGGCCCUUGCCUCAACAGUUUCCGAGAGACAAGCCCUGCCCCUCAGAGAUUUUGUGUACAAACAUUUGGACUUCCAGUCUGGGAUGGAUGUGAAGCUUCAUCCCGGAAAUCAGAGCUUCCACCUCUCCUUCCACCUGCCGUUCCUCGCAUGGAGGCAGGGUGGAAAACCCUCCCUCGACACCCGAUUCGGCGGGAAUAACGGGCCGCUGAGGGACUCUAAAGACGUGGGCUUCCUAAACCAGUCGCGCGGUACCCAGGCAUACGUCCACGAGGCACAGAUUUCGUGCAUGAUUGUAGGCGUUGACAACACCCAUUGGACCGCGUACGGCUUCUUCGACACGUACCACGAUGGCGGCGAGAGCAGAUACGACGUCCGGUCCUACCAGUCGACGCAAGGAGGGGCUGUCAUGGAUCCGUUGACCUGCGGCCGCCGCAUGGCCGAGAGCUCUGCCUCAGACGCAAGGGGGUAUUUCAUGCAGGCGAUGGAGUCUUGCGUGCUAGAGGUGAAGGAGGAAUGGGAGAACGCUGUACGACAGGUUCUGAAGGCUCUGAAGACACAGGUCCUGAACGGCAACAGCCGCCGGGCGCAACGGAUCUCCGACCAAGCGGUGCAGACGCUCGAGCAGCUCACACAAGGCUUGGCUGGGACAAUCUCGUCCUGGGAGCGGUUCAAGCAGACCGACCUCCCGUACUUUGAUCUAGACAACAUGCCCGCGGAAGCGCCAUCCCCCAUCCACAACAUCGAAACCGCCAUCCACGACCUACGCACCCUCCAGUCCUCCCUCCUCCACCAAACCGCCACUCUCCAGUCCGUCACCGCCCGCGUUAGUACCCCCUGCCCCUAUUCCCACCCCCCAUACCCUGCCCCCACCAACUCCCCAUCACUAACCACCCCAACCAACAGCAAACCGCCCUCACAACCCACAGCACCACCCAAACCAGCAACGCCCUCCUCACCAUCGCAGUCUCCUUCCUCCCCUUCACCCUCACCGCCCUCCUCCUGCACCCGAUCACCCACGCCAGACACUCCACUUCCGAAUCAGCAGUAG